UCAGACUCUCUGAGUUCAUCUUCAAAACCACUUACAGAUGUCGUACCAUCUAAUAGUACUUCCAGUUCUAUUGACAAUAUUGAUGUGCUUCCUCUGGACGACUUAAAACAUUCAGUACCUGACGAUGGAUCUGAAUGGAUCCCGAUUGCUCUGGAAACAAAAGAUGAUUCGAUUCCAAAGGAACACCUACAAGAUAAUUUUAAUGUCAAUAACAGAAAUGCCAGUGAAGAAGGCGUUGUUAUGGUUGACGGUUUUGUGGUUCCGCAGAUCCAUUUGAGACCAAGAAAAGAAGAAGAGUCAAGUGAUUUCGAAGGGAUGGAUACCAAGUCAUUGGAAAGAAAAGUGGUACUUCAUCCAUCUGAAAUAAAAGAAGAUUACUUAAAACAUAAAGAAUACGAGUUUCAGACUCCUGACGAGACGAAGGAAGUAAAGAUGGAACACCAGGAAAACGCGGACGAUGCUGAUGUUGAGACAGAACCACUAAAAAAUCUCGAAGAACAUCUUCGCUUCCCCAGACCAUCCAGAGGUGAAGUGCGUUUCCUGCCAGAUAUCGCUGUUGGCGUUCCUUUGCUAAUUAGAGGUGGUCAGAAGAAAGAUCGGCAUGUACUACUUCCCGUGAAAAACAACGAAAAUGAAAGCUGGGGAAAAAAUUCGGAAUCUCGUACUACUACUAGCACAACUACAGUAAUUUCAACGAUCGAAGCCGGUGAAAUUUUGGCCGAAGUACCUUUGUCGAUAAGAACAUCCGAAAACAGUAAAGGUCAAACAUUUCUAUUGCCACUGGAAGUGAAUAAUCCAAGCCCACCUCGCGCUACUAAAUCAAAUGAUGAAAACCGACAAAACCAAGAAUCAGACAUUGCGGGUGAGUUUAGUGUAGGGACAUCAUUAUUCAUUAGGAACCUGAACCGACCUCGACCUGCUCAGUUUCCUCAAAAGAGCAAUAAACGAAUAGACGUGCCAUACAGAACUUCAACGCCUCAACCACGAACAACAGCCUCGAAGCCCCUGCGACGUCCUCCAUCAAGUCAUUUUGAAGACCUUCACGUCAGUGUGCCACUCUUCAUCCGGGGAUCAAGUAAAGGGCAAGCGUUCAUCCCUUUACCAGAUAGAGGAGAUCGCGUGAAAAAUUCUUCAGCAUCUUCAAGAUUAAGUGAAAAACAAAAUCGUCGGACUGAAGAUGUUAAACUUCCAGAGGGCCAAGGGGUGACUUCAUUGUUAGUGGGUCAGUCACUCUUCAUUGUUGCUCCUACGCAAGGCACGGACUUACGUGUUCGUAAAGGGGAAACCAUAAUAACACGGCGGGGCGGAAGAAGUGAGGACGACCUGAAAGCAGAAGAGUCAGUUGAACAGUUUAGAAACGUUCCAAAAAUCGUAGCGCCAAAUAUACUAUCAAAACCUAAUGACGUUGUUCUCAAAAGUGUCCAGGGACAUCACACCCAUCUGCACGGAAAUUCUAAUCUUAAUUCAAAAUCACAAAAUGUAGGUGACGUGAAAGGAAGCAAUUCAUACGGGGAUCAAACCAGAACACAUCCUAAUAACACUACCAAAACCCACAAGGAGGACGACGUUUUGAUAGAACAGCCAAUCACAACGAAGCUUAUGACUAGUGACUUACAAGAAAUUUCUGUCUUUAGUACAACAGAAGUUACCUCGUAUCCUUCUAAAUAUGACUGUCCAGAAGAAACAACGUUUCGAUGUGCAGAUGGUACCUGUAUUUCAAAGACUAAACGUUGUGAUAAAUACGUUCAUUGUGCAGAUGGAUCCGACGAAUUUAGUUGCAAUUGUUCUGACUACCUGCGCUCUGGAAGCCAGUUUCGUAAGAUCUGCGACGGUGUGGCUGACUGCUGGGAUUACAGCGACGAAGCUUAUUGUGAGUGGUGUAAUCCAGGGUACCAUAUUUGUCACGGGGAACGGAAAUGUGUCAGUCCUCUAAAAGUCUGUGACGGUACUGUUGACUGUCUUCAUGGAACAGAUGAAAUCCAUUGUGUUAGACUCGCUGAUGACGAAACUUUGUCUGAUCAUUAUUAUCAGAAUAAAGGUCUAGUAAUGGUUCGUAAACACGGACGUUGGGGAAAGCUCUGUGUUGAUAACAACCAGUGGAAAGUUGAUGAGCUUGGAGAAGCUAUCUGUAGUGCCUUGUCGUACAGGAACGUGGAAUCUGUAAGUAUAGGAUCAGAAACGUCUAGCAAGAGUUCAGUUUACUUCGAAUUUACUCCGCCCUCUUCUGAACUGUUACCCGUUUCGAGGUCUACCCACUUAUUUCAGCCGUCAAAAUGUGAAGAAAAAAAUGUAAUGCACGUAACGUGUUCCUCCUUAGAGUGUGGCAUACGUCCUGUAACGGCGAGUUUUAGAAAACGUAUUGUUGGAGGGCGCUCCUCAUCUUCGGGUUCCUGGCCUUGGCAGGUGGCGCUGUACAGGGAUGGUAAAUAUCAGUGUGGAGCAGUAUUGGUAAAUGAUCAAUGGCUUGUGUCUGCUGGUCACUGUUUCUUCAGAAGCCAAACUGGAUAUUGGAUUGCUCGAAUAGGACUAUUAAGAAGGGGAUUAGAAAUGCCAUCUCCAUUUGAACAGAUUCGAAACAUUAGUCGCAUCAUUAUACAUCCUGAUUAUAUCGAUAGAGGAUUUAUAAAUGAUUUAGUAGUACUGAGACUGGAAAAACCAGUCCAUUUCAGUGACUAUACCAGGCCAAUUUGUCUGCCAGAAGCUGGAGGUGACGUCAGGAAGUGGCAAGGACAAACGUGCACUGUUACUGGCUGGGGUAAACUCUUUGAGAUUGGACAAAUAUUUCCGGACACACUUCAGGAGCUCCAAUUGCCUAUUAUCCCCACUGAAGACUGCCGCAAGAGGACGCUGUUUCUACCGUUGUACAGAAUCACUGAUAACAUGUUCUGUGCCGGAUAUGAAAAUGGCGGAAGGGAUGCGUGCCUGGGUGAUUCUGGAGGACCCCUAAUGUGCGAGGAAAACGGACGGUGGACAUUGGUUGGCGUGACUAGUAACGGUGAUGGUUGUGGUCGAGCUGGCAGGCCCGGUGUUUACACUAAGGUUUCUAAAUACGUCCAGUGGAUAUACUCAGUAAUGACCGAUGGCGACACAUCUCCUGGAAACCGUUCACAGUGUCUUGGAAUAAGAUGUCCAUUAGGGAAAUGUGUGGAAGAAGUAAAUGUCUGUGACCACAACAUGGACUGUUCAGACGGAUCAGAUGAAAUAAAUUGUUCAUAAAACAUUAUUGUUUUACCAUUACCCGUGUUAGCAUUCAAUCAAUUACAAAUGGAAGAUUGAGUGAACUACUGGUGAUCAAAAUUGGCAAUGGUUUGCUAUGAAAAUGUUGGCUAAGCGCAUACCCGUUAUCGCAUGGCUUUCAGUAUUUAAAAGUUGUUUACAUUUGUGUACAUAUACUUGCUAAGAUCAGAGAGUGAGAUUUCCCGCGAAUCCAAGGCCAAGAAGUGCAAUGAAAAUAUGUACAGUUCUUAAAGUGCUUUUCUUCCCUUGGUGGAGGUGGCAAUUGGAAAUGUGGAGGUACUGUCGGUGUUACAGUCUGCCAGAUAACGUUUAUCAUCCGGGUUUUUUUUAUGGUUUAUGGUUUCUAAUUGAACACAUGAGGUAUAUCAUAUAUUGAGCACCAUAUAUCUAUACAUAUAAGCAGUUAACCAUAUUCAAAACUAAUUUUUUUUCCAGGCGUUUGACUAGGUUUAAAUAGCAACAUCCAACGUUUAUCAUGUUUGUCUUAUUGGUCACGUCGAUACAAGUCAAUAACUUAACCUAUAUUUUGUCUUUGUAAGAGUGGCAUCUAAUACUUUAUUUAUUAACAUCCGAUAAUUUAAUUUUUUCUCUACCUAAUUUAUCUUCAUCGUCAAAUAACGUUUGUUGUUACGGAAUAUGUAGCAUAUGCCACAAUUAUGUAUUUGGAAAUUGAGAAACCUAUUUCCAAAGUGAAACAGGAUGACAGAAAUAGUAGAAGAAACUAUUUAUUUGCGUUAAAUUACUAUAAGAAUAAUUGCACUGCUGCACUUUUUAAAACAUUAUACUGUCCGCUGUUAAUAUAAGCAGUUGUGGCUCAAUGUCAUUUUGUACGUUUGAAUAAUAACUUUCUACCAGAUCUCCGAAUAACAAGGAUUACUACAUUUUAGUUUCAAAGUUUGACUUUCUUAGUUCUGUUAGUGAAAGUGAUGGAUGACUGUUAACAUUUUAUAACGUCAAAAUAAAAAGAAUUAUUUUGGUCGAAGAGUUACACCUACCCUUUUAUACAUAAUAUAGUUUACUAAAUAAUAAACAGUACAGAGUGGUCCAAAAAGAUU